AUGUCGAAACUACUCGGUAUUAUCAUAAUAAUAGUUGUGCUGAGGUGUGAAUCUCAUGAGAGAAAAAUCUUUCGCGGAGUUGAUAUUGAUAUUACCCAAGCGCCCUAUCAUGUAUCUUUGCAAAAAUAUUAUUCAUCCACCGGUACAUUUAUGCACUAUUGUGGUGGAUCAAUAAUAGCACCAACAUGGAUAUUAACAGCUGGGCAUUGUGUUGUUAAAGUGAUUUUUAAUCGUUCAAGAAAGGAAGACCUACAAAUAGUUGUCGGCAUGACAAAACUCUCAGAACCAGGUGUUCCACACCAAAUCAAAAAUAUUACAUUACACGAUAAUUACCAACUAAUUGAUGAUUCACUUCCGGAAGUGGGACAAUAUGUAUUAAAUGAUAUUGCAUUGAUUGAAUUAACAUCUCCGAUUGAAUAUACUGAACGUGCUCAACCUAUUCCAUUGCCAAGUGAUAAUGAUUCUCCAAUACUUGGGACCCAAUGUCAGGUUCAAGGUUGGGGAUUGAUAAAUAAUAACAAAACGCUUCCUGACCAUCUGCAAUCUACUACUGUAAAAAUAAUAGAUUCUGAUAGAUGUACUAAUGAGUGGAAAGAAAUGAUAGAAUUGCUAUUAGAUGGAAUUCCGUACAUAUGUGCUAUGGGGGACAAUGACAAUCGUCCUUGUUCGGGUGAUUCAGGAAGUGCUUUAGUUUGCAACGGAGUGCAAAAUGGGAUUGUGUCACAAGGAUCAGGGGAUUGUGCAGAUGAACCAGAACCACGGUCAUCAUAUACCGAUGUAUUUCAAAUGCGUGAUUUUAUUUCUGUUGCAACUAACUAUGAAGUUACAUUUUAG